AUGUUCUUUCUUCGCAAGUUGCUUGCGCUCUCCGCCUUCCUCGGGUCUAUUGCUGUGGCUGGAGCAGUGCCUGAUCCUGUCAUAACGGCCGCUCCGCGUCUUGCGAAGAGACAAGACGAAUUUCUUUCAACUGACUUCGUCGGCUAUUAUACUUCGGAUGGAGACACGACAUAUAAUGCCCUGACCUGCAUCGGAACCGCUUAUGACGAGUUUACUACUGCUAAUAACACUUGGGGAGGCUGUUGGUCCUCGGAUUGGGCAACCUUUGGGACAUCCUGUGAUGCCAAUACGGUCUACGGAGUCUAUGUCUCCACGUCCAAGGAUUACAUAACCUCGUAUACCUCGUCAGAAACCUGUGGCUAUACCUGUCUCUCCGACUACUUGGUAUCGACGCCCGGUGAUGGAGAUACCUCCUACUUCGUCGAGUGUGCAACCGACGAUCGCCAUCCAUAUACUCUCAUCCAAGACUACUAUAGCGACCUACCUGGAAUUGCCUCCGCAACUACGACUCUAGACUCAGCCGCGGCCACUACUCUAGGCCCAGCCACCACAGAUACCUCGACGCCCGGUUUUGUAACUUCAACUUCAAGCCCAACUAAGACACCGACGCCAACGCCAACGCUGACGCCAACGCUGACGCCUACUUCGUCCCAAUCUCCCACCAUUCAUCCGAGGCCGAAGACACCUAUCGCGGCAAUCGUCGGCAGCAUCUUAGGCGGCCUCAUCUUCCUCGGGAUCGCAGGUCUCCUCGGCUUCUUCCUCUGGUGGAAGAAGCGUCGCAACACCGCCGCCGGCCCCUCCACACUUCAUGCCGAGCCCGCCUUCACGACUGGCGGCGGCGACGGAGGAGCUGGAGGCGUCGGAGGAUACUACGCGUCGCCGCCCGAGAAACUCGCGGCGGCCACCACAACGCCUGCAUUAAUGGGUCCCAGCCCCGCGAGCCCGCCGCGGCCGAUGUAUGCUGCACCGUCUCAAGGAGGAUGGGAAAAUGCGAAUGUGCAGCCGCAUUACGGCGUCGUGCCGCCGCAGGAUGUGUUGCAUGAGUUGGGUGGGCAGUCGCAAGUUGGGGGCUCGGUGGGUGCCCAGCAGCAUCAGCCUGUGGAAAUGGCGCAGCCUCCCCCAAGACAUGCUGUGCCAUAAGCGUAGAGUAAGUAUCAGCAGUAAGAGGAGUGGGAAUAGCAUUACCGCUAUGCUGGAUUUAACGUCAAGGGUUGCUACGUACAAGUCUCUAAGUUCUGGUAAUUUUCAAAUAGGGAGUUGUUGUGAUAGUUUCACUUGGACUUUGGCCAAAAUAAUUGUUCGAAUCUCUCUUAACCCUAAACUCGUAUCCGGAAUUAUCUAUUACUCGCGACUAUCGAAAAGUUGGUCUGCAAUUAUUCUCCUCCAGUCAUUUCUCUGGGCUUCCUCCUUGCCGUUCUUCGUCUGACGAUGCUUUGGUGUUGACUAAGCGCCUGAACAGUCUAUUCGGACGCGGCGUCCUGACC